AUGGGGUUCCUUGGUGUCUACCGAGCCUUGUACGAUUACACUCCCCAAGCCGAAGGGGAGCUUACGAUCGAGGAGAAUGACCUGCUAUAUGUUCUCGAAAAGAACGCCGACGAUGGCUGGUGGAAGGCGAAGAAGAAGGCUGGCGCAAAUGAUGAGGACGAGCCUGUAGGCCUUGUGCCUCACAAUUAUGUUGAGGAGUUCCCAGCCGUCGGACGAGCCCGAGCCUUGUACGAGUACACGCGCCAGACGGACGAGGAGCUGUCCUUUCCUGAAGACGCCAUACUCGAGAUCUUCGACACCUCCGACCCGGAUUGGAUUCUAGUUGGGCUUGAAGAGGAAUAUGGUUUUGUCCCGUCAAACUACAUUGACAUGGACAGCGGUGACACUGCGUCGGCGACCAUGUCAUCGCCUGCUGCCCCUGCUUUGCCUGCUCGUCCACGAUCGGUUAGCCACGAACCCGAGAGCCCUGUGGCCGCCUCGCCUGUUGCUCCUUCGGGUCCUGCUGCCGCGCUCGCUGGCAUGAUGCAUGGCCGCAGUCUUUCGCAGUCCGAAUCGCCUCCUCCACAACCGACGCGGGGCGUAUCCCAGUACGAGGAUUAUCACCAUGCUUCCGACGAUGACCCCCCCGCAAGAUCACCUCCGUUGCCAAGCCGGCCGCAGCCUCCCCCGGAGUCGACGUACGAUAGUCAUGUGCAGCCAGAAGAGCACCAGAACGACUCGUACAGGGCCCCUGGUGGUUUUCAUAUGUAUAAUGUCAACGAGAUGGUCUCUGUCAUGGGCAAGAAGCGCAAGAUGCCCACCACUUUGGGCAUCAAUCUGAGGACCGGCAUGAUCUUGAUUGCUCCCGAGAAGACUCAGGAUGGACCUUCCCAGGAAUGGACGGCGGACAAGAUGACCCACUACUCACGGGAAGGCAAACAUGUCUUCAUGGAAUUGGUCAGGCCCAGCAAGAGCAUUGACUUUCACGCCGGAGCCAAGGAUACAGCUGACGAGAUUGUCCGAGCGCUCGGUGAGAUGGCCGGAGCAGUUCGUGCUGAAGGCCUGAAGGAAGUGAUUGCCGCAGGAACCAAAAAGAGCGUCAGAAAGGGCCAGAUCCUCUACGAUUUCAUGGCGCAGAGUGAGGAUGAAGUGACGGUCGCUGCGGGAGACGAAGUCAUCGUCUUGGACGAUUCCAAGAGUGAAGAAUGGUGGCAAGUUCGUCGCUUGAAGAAUGGCAAGGAGGGAGUGGUCCCCAGCAGUUACAUCGAGAUCACGGGCACUAUGACACCGCCUCCUGUUGUGGGUGUCGACUCGGCUAGAUCAACAGUGGACCAGAACCGCAUGGAGGAGAUCAGACUGACCAAGGAAGCUUUAAGGGCGAGCAAGGAACCACAGGUAGGCCCUGGGAUGUCGCUUCCCGAAAGAGGCAGCAGUCUGAAUGAUUCGGAUCAGCAGAGCCGACGCCAGAAUGGAAGAAGCGAUGGUGCCUCGAAGCCAAAGUCAAAACCAGAUCCUGCCAAGAUACACACCUGGACCGACCGCUCAAAGUCCUUCAGUGUUGAUGCCCAAUUCCUCGGUCUCAGGGAUGGUAAAAUACACUUACACAAGUUGAACGGUGUCAAGAUUGCCGUGCCUCUGAGCAAGAUGUCGACCGAGGACAUCGAAUACGUCGAAAGUAUGACAGGCAUUUCGCUCAAGAACGAGAAAGUAUCUGCGGAAGCUAAAAAGGCGCGACCAUCGGCCGCGGCCUCGCGCGAAAACGAAUCUAAAGCUGGCAGAGAUUCGAAACCUGAGUAUGACUGGUUCCAGUUCUUCCUUGAUUGCAAUGUCGCCGUAGGGUUGUGCGAACGAUAUGCGCAAGCUUUCAACAAGGACUCCAUGGACGAAAGCGUUCUGCCAGAUGUCGAUGCAGGCAUUCUGAGGAACCUUGGCUUACGUGAAGGCGACAUCAUCAAAGUCAUGCGCACACUGGAUGCCAAAUAUGGUCGACAGAGACACAAGGACGGUGAAGGGGGCUUGUUCUCCGGUCCCGGGGGUGCUCUGCGGAACAACACAAGAAAGGGGCGCCCAGCACCAACAGUGCAAACAAGCGACGUCGUGGAUGCCUCCGCUUUUUCUGCGAAGGACAGGCCAACUUCAACAGAUGGAGAGGCUCUAUCGCCACGACCAGCCAGCCUCAGUCCUACCCCUACCCCUACCCCUGCCUCCGCUCCCGAAAAGAAAGCUUCCUCGCCGGGCGGUGGUUUUGAGGAUGAUGCAUGGGAUGUUAAGCCCAUCAGACAAACUGUGGGCGAAGCUGCUGCGAAAGCUCGAUCACCUCCGCCCCCUGCGAGUGCUGCCUCGCCUCCCCCGGCUCCUUUGUCGGGUUCUAUGAAGGACUUGUCCCUUCUGUCUGAGCCUCUCCAGCCUACGCUCACGACGGCUCAGUCUCAAAUUCGCGCACAGCCGACCGGGCUGUCGAGCGCUAGCCCACCUCCUGUUUUGGCACCACAGCAGCAGCAACCGCCGCCACCGCAAGGAGCUUCUCCGGGCUUUUUCUCUGGCCUUCCACCGACUGGCCAGAAUGAACAAGGAGCACCACAAUCUGCUCUGCGACAGCGUCCAGCGCCUCCUCAGACCUCCCCACUGGGUGGCUCGCUUGUGCCACAGCCUCCUCAACGGCCGCUAUCUGCCCCUCAGUCUGCACAGCCUAGCGCAUACAAUACACCCGGGAUGUUGGCGCCUCAGAUGACCGGUCUAGUCCAGGGACAAGUGGCUCCUCCUGGCCAAAGCCUCCACGAUAUGACACAGGCAAGGCUCCAGCAGCAGUACACUGCGCAAAUGCAACCCAACUAUACAGGCUUCCCGGGAGGCCAAGCUCAGCCGAUGCCAGGAUACCAAAACGGCACUGCAGCACAAUUUAUGCAGCCUAUGAUGCAGGGGAUGCCGCAGCAGAGCCCCUUUGCAGACCCAGGCCGUGCUGGGUCAUUCUCGCCGAUUCAAGCACAGCCUACUGGUUUCCAGCCGCCUUUCCAGCCGCAGCCCAUCGGCUUCCAGCAGCAGCCGCAAGCAGGUGUCAACAGCUUUCUGCCCCAACCCCAUGAGCCUCAAAGAACCGCGAUGCCAGCCUUACAACCACAGCAAACGGGUAUGUCUGGCUUCGGGCAGCAAACCAUGGUGCCUACACCACAGCCGUUGCAGCCACAGCAGACUGGUCCAGCACCGCCAAUUCGUUUUGGUGUAUCCGAGAAGAAGCUAGUUCCCCAGCCCACAGGGCGGAAAGCAAAUCUAUCCCAAGCUACCCCGUCGAACCCCUUUGGAUUUUGA